AUGGCUUCCCGACACAGUCAUUCUGCCGCAAGUGAUGCGGACUACGACGAGUCGAACGGGAAGAUCAAGAAGGGAUCCAAGGCCAGCAAGAAGCUCCGAGAGUUUCCCGGAGCAGACCGAGUCAUAGACCUCAUGGAACGAGAGGAGUUGGAGUUUGCCGAAGCGAUCACGAUUAUCCACGAGCCCAGACCAUGGUGCGACGCGGACGAGGUUCGGGAACACCUGAAAAAGUGCACCCUUGACACCACCACGCACACUCUUCUAGGUUCGGUUUACAAGCAGCUCAGCUCGGUCAAGGGUAUCGGCGAAGCCGUUAAAUGGUCCCCGGAAAUCCCCUUCGAAGGCGAACUCCCGUCUUACGAGAUAUUGGAUGCCCUUAGAAUCCUGGGUAGUCGCAGCGGCGGCCACGGGAACAUUCCCGACAGCCUUUGGAAACGACUCGUGGAAACGAGGCUCGAGUUCCUGAUUGAUGACCCUGCCACCAGAAGGGAUGUUGACCCGUACUGGCAGAAGCGACUGGAGCUAGACUAUCCAGCGUCUGAGAAUCCUGACAGUCGUUCUGGAUCCCCAGCCCCUGGAAAGGCAAUAAUGUCCGCAGCUCGGCGUGGACGCAAGGCACCAGCGCAUCCGCCAUCAUCUUCAAGCCGCCCCAGAAGGCAAACUCGGAGCAAACAAGUGCAGGAUCCCGAGGUCUUCGAUGAGCAUCAAUUCGACCCGAACAAUAUAGUCGUAUCCGACGAAGAGGAGGCACGGCGUUCGAGUGAGAGGAGCGAACUUGAAGUCCUCCCGGAUGACAAUUAUCUGCUGGACCUCGGAGCCAAUGCAGACUUCGACAUGGACGAUGGCGAGGAACUUGUGGAGGAUAACAUUCGAUUCGACACCGAGACCGCCGCCAGUGUCAUAAUCGCAAGCGAGGCUUUCCAGCCGAUCCUGGAGCAUUCCGUCCAGGAGGCGGCUCUCAAGCUCACCGAGGCAAAGAUCGUCGAGUUGAUCAUGAGUUCCAAGGACAUCAUGGAGAAACUGAACGAUGCCGCCUACGAUGCAGCGCAGCCGUGUCGCACCAAGUACGACGCUACCAAGAAGCGGAUAGACUUGCUUGAAAAGGAGGUGCGCGAGCAGCGAAACGACAUCGCCGUUCAGAGAUCCCAGAUCGUCCAGCUGGAAACAAAGCUGAAGUCGCCUUUGCCGCGUGCUGUCUCCGCUACGCCGUCGGUCGGGUCCGGAGGCUCACUGGGGCUGCGGCGCACCACUGGGUACGUGGCCAAGGCAUCCCCGGCUCCUACACCCUCCACUGGAAGCAUGUCAUCGCGUCGCACUACCAUGGAUUUCCGUCAUGGAAGAGCCUCUUCGCAGACAACUAUGCCUACCAGUGACGAUACUGUCAUGAGCGUAGACCGCGAGGAUGUUCAGAACGACGAGAUUGUCCCUUCCAGCUCGCAAGAGGAUGAUGCAAACGCCAAGCAUGGCGCGAGUCCUGUCCUGCCUGACAGGAAGAGGCCGAAGCUACACGAAAUGAUGUCGACCGAAGAAUAA